ACGUGCUCUCUCUCCUUUAGCUUUUAUAUUUCUGCUGUUCUUUGUUUUAAAUGAUUUGAAAUGAUGACGGUGUUAAUGUAGGGUGUUCAUGGCCCCGUCCGUUAAUGUUUUACCGUAUAAUUGUCAUGAUUGAUGUUAAAAUGAGUAUUUGAAUGUGUGUUUGCUGCUAAUAAAAUUAGCAUUAGGCUAGCGCUAGCUGCUACGGGUUUCCAAGCCUCUCAAGGUGUGUGUACAUUACAUUAUAUUCAUUUCGCAGACGCUUUUGUCCAAAGCUACUUACAAGAAGUGUAUUCAACCAUGAAGAUAAUACUCAGAGUGCAAGAAUUAAUAAGUGCAUAAACAUUCAUCAAAUAGGCAAAAACCGUUUUUUUCCAGUCGUGUGCUGUGCAUGGGUUUAGAAACAGCCGUGUGUCCCUGAAGGCAGCAUGGUUAAAUGUCUCACGUGAGUUUUUUUUGUUGAAUUCAUAUUUUUUUGUAGUAUGGUGGAGAGAUGCACAACUGGCACAUACAAGUGUAUGAGGCCUGUAUGUUCCUUUUUUUUCUUGAUUAAGGUAUGCUUGUUUAAAUACGUAUUAAUGUGGGUUUCAAUUCAUUUUGUAGGGAAAAAAGUUAAAUAAUUUGCAGAGAUAACAUUUAUUUUUAUGUCGAUUUAUAGCAUUUUAUGUUUUAUAUACUUGCUCGUUUAGUGAGUAGGUUUGAAUGUACAACAUAACAUAAAAUAAUGUUGCAUUUGAGUGACGGGGAUGCUCGGCGCUGUAUGGUAGAGAGAUGCACAAGUGGCUUGAAGUGUAUGACCCCUGUAUGUUCUUUCUUUUUUUCCUGAUAUAGGAAUAAAUUCCACAUCCCCACAUUUCCGUCUUGUGUCCCUCACUCUGUAACAACGUACACAAUGCAGGGAGGAAGAAGAAGCUGAUAAUGCAGCUCCAGUCCGAUGGGAAAAUCCAUGGCAGUACAAAAACGGGACAACUUUCAAAAGGGAGGGCCAACGUUGAAGGAAUGUGUGGAUAUUCCAAAAGUGCCGGUGGGAAAAUAAUGAAGGACUCGUCAUAGGGGGCUGAGAACCACACAAAGAAGUGUCCUCCAGCUGAUCCCAAGGCUGAUGCUGCCAAUCUGGAUGAAGAUCUGCUACAGAACCACAAAAAACCUGGAGAGAGCCGAGAGUGGCAGCGUUGGCAUCGUUUAGAAAAACCCUGAGCUGGAAAUGAGCUGCGCAAGCUGCCUGUGCGCACUUCUUCCCUCAGAUCGCUGCGGGCCGUCAUAGCCGGUACGCGUGCGGAGACAGAACCGAGUCAGCGCAAACACUCAUUUCUGCCGUGACUUACAACCUUUCCCUGCUGUAAAUGCGUUAACCUAAAUCUGUCACCUCUUGCUUCUCUCCCUUUGUAGGUGAACCACCCCUCACACACACACACACACACACACAACAGUGGAUAUACGAGACAAGGAAAGCGGCACUUAAUCCGUAGAGUGCACUGCGCGAGGAGACACUAUUGUCCGGGACGAAUACGCCAGGUCCUGUCCUGUCCAGCUCGCACCGGGAAGAGACGGGACCUCUGCACAGUGAAGAGGCGCUCCUGAAGAGCAGCCACACUUAAAGGGAGAGAGAGAGAGAGAGAGAGAGAGAGAGAGAGAGGGGAAGGUGGAGGAUAUUUUACGCACAGCGGCACCCGCUCGCACCGUUUGACGCACGGCGAUAACUGCGAGUGUCCUGCUCCGCUGCGCACUCGGCACAGUCGCCUCGCCUCUGGCUCGGAUUUGCACUUGACCAGAGGUCCACACCGAGCGGUCGGCUGCGAUGGAUUCACUCAUCAUAGCGGCCCUGGCGCUGUGCUCCCUGACGGCACCAGCCCACGGAGACAAAGGGACCAGCAAAGCCCGGAGUUGUUCGGAUAUCAGGCAGUUUUACAGCGGGAAAGGCUUCGCUCUCGACGGCGUCCCGCAGUUCGAAAUAUCAGGGGAGCACCUGCGCAUCUGUCCCCAGGGUUACACCUGCUGUACUAGCGACAUGGAGGACAGCCUGGCCGUGCUGAGCCGCAGGGAGAUGGAGGGACUUCUCAAAGAGGCUGGACGAUCCUUACACACCUCACUCACUGGACAGUACAAGGCUUUUGAUGGUUACAUCUUGGAGUUGAUCAACCGCUCUGCGAUUAGCCUACAAGACACUUUCACUGCAACUUGGGGUUUGACGUACUCCCAGAAUUCCCAGGUCUUCUCUGACCUAUACACGGAUUUGAGGCAAUACUGUCGAGGCUCCAAUGUCAACCUGGAAGAGGUACUCAACGAGUUCUGGGCCAGGCUGCUGGAGAAGCUCUUCUACCAGGCAAACAGGCAAAAUGUCAUAGGUGAGGACUACCUGGAGUGUGUAUCGAAGCAGAUAGAGACACUACGGCCCUUCGGAGACAUACCCCGUGCGAUGAAGAUGAUGGUCACACGCACAUUUGUGUCUGCACGCUCCUUCAUUCGGGGACUGGUGGUCAGUGGGGAAGUGGUGCGCAAAGUGUCCCAGGUGCAGCUGAGCCAGGAGUGCAUGCGGGCCAUGAUGAGGAUGACUUACUGUCCCCACUGCCGCGGCAUGUCCUCCGCCAGGCCUUGUGCCAACUACUGCAGUAACGUCAUGAAGGGUUGUCUGGCCAACCAGGCUGACCUCAACACUGAGUGGAGGCAUCUGGCCGAAACCAUGAUGCAGGUGGCUGGUCGCUUUGAUGGUCCAUCCGGUGUGGAUGCCGUGGUCCUCUCCCUUCCCAGUCGCAUAUCGGAAGCCAUGUUAACGAUGACGGAUAAUAUGGAGACCAUCAACAGCAAGUUGUUCCAGGCCUGUGGCAACCUCAGAGAGGGCGGAACCAGCAGCACGGGGGUUGAUGAAAUGAAGAGAGGGAGGGUCACAGUGGAGGACAGGCUGGAAACCAGCUCAAACAAAAUGGACAAACUGGUGUCUGACGUAACUGUGAGAUUGAGGGACUUGCAGUCGUACUGGGUUUCUCUUCCAAGUCUGCUCUGCAGUGACAGAGUGGCUACUGGAACGGGGGCCGAGGAAAAGUGUUGGAACGGCAUGAGCCGUGCCAGGUACCUGCCCGAGGUGAUGGGUGACGGCCUGGCCAGUCAGAUCAACAACCCUGAAGUGGAAAUCGACAUCACCAAGCCAGACAUGACAAUACGUCAACAGAUAAUGCAGCUGAAGAUCAUGACGCACCGCCUGAAGAAUGCUCUCAACGGCCAGGAUGUGGACUUCCAGGACACCAGUGAUGAUGUCAGCGGUUCAGGAAGUGGCAUGUGCACCGAAGAAACGUGUUCCAAGGGUCCACGUCUCGUCGAGCCCAUCACUGACCGACCCGUACACUACCCCUACCCUCCAGAAAACAAGAAGGUGAAAGCGUUGGCCAACCAGAACCUCCCCUGCGUCACCAUUUACCUGCUUCCACUGCUCAUUUUGCUGCUCCGGCGAUAAUUGAGGGGGAAAUCUACCAACUGGGACUGAGUUUGGGACACAGGGUUGGGGAGGCUGAAGGGGGAAUGAGGAGAAGUUAGGGGUUAGUUACUUUGCCAAAACAUAGUAAAUAUUAGGAAACAACAACAACAACAACAACAACAACAACAACAACAAAAUCACCUGGACGGACAUUCUUUUGGUUCUUGAUUAGAACAAAAUGGGAUUGCGAGUACUACGAGUAAAUGUUUUGAUUCUGCUCCCGUCUUUUAUUUCUUGCUAUAUUAUGACACCAUUAGAGCUGGUCUUUUUGCAUCUUCUAAUGUUUUGUUUCUGGUGUUUGGGUUCUCUGAUAUCAUAUCUGUACCUAAGACAUGUGUUACUAUAUUGCUGACAGUAUGUUGGUGUUGACACCACGGGGAGAGGGAGAUGCGGGCUUUGCAGUGGCGCUCGGAUACAUAUAUUUGAUAUAUUUGUUAUAUUUGUUAUUCCACUCCUUUAAAACAGCACUUGUGUUCAGUAGAAUUAUUUAUUUAUUAAGAACUCAUAAUAGGCCGAACAGUGACUUAAUGGCUCCAUGGUAUUUAUAGAAAGAAAAGAAAAAAGAACACAAACCACAAACUUUGAUGAAAUAUAAUAUCGAUGACUCUUAUAGGAGGAUAAUCUGGACAUCACAGCCCACCAGACCUGUUAAUGCAUUAAGCCUCAGAAUAUCUCACGGGGAGGAUGGGAGCACUCUGCGUCAGCACUUUCUGCCAUUUAAGCUGUAAUAAUAGCCGUGAUCACAUUCACACUGACAUGAUCGUCUAAUGUAGGAGUAACAUGACCCACCAUUCACCACUCCAUCCAUCUACUCAUCCCUACAUUCCCCCUCCACCCCUGCUGAGGCAGAUCUCCCUCUCUCUCGAAAAACCCUGCUGGCAGUGUAGGAUCAACCUGAGUGUCGGGUGUUAGCAAAACACAUGCUCGGCCGGGCCCAGGUCUCAGAUGACAGCAGCUUCCCACUAUAGAGCGCUGUAAGCGGAACGGGGGCGUCGGUGUGAGAUCGCCCCUCGCAGCAAAGGAUACGACAGUUCGUGAUUUUGGAAAACGUGUAGCAGAACAGAAAUAUAUACAGAAGCAGAAACACUGCUGUCAUGUAGCACUUUUUUCCCCCCAGUAUUCAUUUAAUGUGCACAGCAGAGAAAGAAAAAAGAAGAAUAUGCAUAAGUUUGUGUGCUCCCUGCAAUGGCCCAGUGUUCCUGUGAUUAGCAUCUUAAUUGCAACCAGCAGUGUCAUUUCAGAGUUAUAUAUUUUUUUCAAAUCGCAGCAAUGAUCCAUAUCACAGCAAAAGCCACACCAUGCACGUCUUUGAACUGUACUACUAUCUCUGUAGCAACCACAGCAGUGUACAUAUUUUGAUUGCUUCUUUGUUGUUUUCUUGAGAAAAUAGCCAAUUAGGUAUCAAGAUUUUAUAAUGGCCAGAUCAUUGGAUGCUCUAACUUCCAUCAUCUGUCACAUUCAUAUCUGCCUUCUUUUUUUCUGCAACUUGUAUUCUUUUUUUUAAUAACAGUGCCUCUGUCUUCCCACGCCCCAACCCCUUCUUUACCCUUCCCCCCCGCUCGUCAGUUAUUAUGACCCUUAAAGCUUUGCUCAUGCUUCUACAUGAUGGCAAGGCAAUAUGACAAUGACACAGUGCUUCAUUAUGUGUCAACCUUAGUGGGAAUGUUGUGGGAACACACAGUGUGAGGCUUUUUCCCGAUGAGGAGCUUUGCUGGGAGGAAACACGUACCCCAUUUUCAAUUUCAAAGAAACGUCAAAGCUCUCAUUUAAGAAUACUGUGUGCAGGAUGAUGGGACUACACUUGCAUGUGUGUACAUGUUUAUGUGUUUGUUUGUGUGUGUUUGCGUGAGUGCACUUGACUGAUAGAGCUGCAGAGGGGACGGACAAUAGAGCCUUUAUAAAUCUUGUUUGGAUGCCACAGAAAUGAAAUGUAUUCAAAUGCAUUGGACUCACAUUGUAUGCUUGAGUGCUAUGCGACCGACAGCAAUGAGAGAUUAAUAUAUCAAAUUUUUCAAAAACGGUAUUUCCAUCCUACUACUGUAAUAACUCCCGAUCCGUAUUGAUCACAUCCGUACUUGUCAGUAUUGUAUGUGACAGAGAAAUGGAAUGGGAAGGACGGCCGCCAAUGGAAAUGCUUUUUUAAAGUACAUCAUUGCUUCAGUUGUACAGUGGGACAAUGCUCUAUACUUCAUUUUGUGGGGGGAAAAAUCUAUAUGAACUUGACAGUUGAUAAUACUGCAAAUCCAGUUAGGUAUGGUUUUGGGCUCUGUCGAAGUGUGAGAGGCACCUCUGGUAGAUACUUGGUUAAAUAUGGGAGAGGUUGUUGUCACACGUGUUACCUGACUGAUCAUUUUUUUGAUGGUACUUUCUGUUUUUGAAACGCUUCAGCAAUGAAUGCCUUGUUGCUCUGUGUGGAUGUGCGUUUAUGUGGGUGUGUGUUAUUCUGUUCGUCCCUGGUUAAGAAAUCUGCCUGCGACUGCCUUUGACACUUUGUAUAAGGUUGGGGUCAAUUUUGAGAUUUAAAAAAGACAGAUUUGAUGAUAUUAAAUGUUCAACUAGUGAAAAAAAGAAAAUACAAAUGAAAAGCAAAGAACAAUUAGCAAGAGCACGGCACCGGUCCGGUUUUUGUGACCCUCGAGAGAAAUCAGAAUAUGAAUGUGAAAGUAAAGAAUGAGAAAUGACUCCAACUGCGAUGGUGACAUUCCAAUUCAACGAGGACUUGCGACUUAAGACUCAGACUUCAGUUUCAAUGACUCCCUCACAAUGUCAUCGGCUGGAAUUUGCACAACCCCCCUCCCCCCCCCCCCCCCCCCUUCUCUAUUCCAUCACCUUUUGAUCUCAUUAAUUUGUUGCUCAAAGUCCCCCUCCCUUUUAUAAAACCAGCACUUUUAUGAGGCCAAUAAAUGGUGUUGUCAGCACAAAGACAUCACAAGAUGGUCAAUCAAUAAGUGAGUCAACACCUUCCAGGAAUGACUAUUGAUUGGGGAUGUGUGUAUGCAGAUAGAUAUGGCCCAGGCAAGACGUCUCCUCUUCAACUACGGUGAAACAGUGUUAACGCAAAGACCCUAAAAGUGUGAGAGGAGGCAGGGGAGAUCAGUGUGUGCGUCUCAAUCCUGCCCUCGUUGAUCACUGUAGGUGGCAAAUAUGCUGAGCUGAUUGUCCAACCAUUUGAAACAGCUUCAUUGUACACUGAGCUGAGUGUGGGAGGUUUUAAUCUGAACGGUGCCAAUUUAUUCGAAAGAAGAAAAAAAAGGAAUUUUAAUUGUCUUGUUUUUAUUUACUUGGGUUUUUGUUCUGAUCAGAAAUCUGUGGAGAGUUUGUGCUCAUGGUGAAAGUAGAUGCCAGAAAGAGGUUGGAAAAUACAAAUGUCUCAUUUGCUGUUGUACCUGAAAUCUUGUGUCAAUUAUAUACAUUGUAAGAUUUUCAA